GUCUUGACUUUUCCCCUUUUUCUGCACUAGGAUCAGAGUAAGUUGUUUAUGUGUUGUCCUUUCCCUGUGUUCCCACUCCCCUCCAGGUUUUUGUGAACUUUGGCCUGGAUAUAGCUGCACAAUCUGCCUGAGAGAUAAACAAUCUGUAAGAAAACAAAACGAGCGCACCCGCCUCAUGCAGCCACGACUGGAUGGUGUGUUCACUGUUAUAGGAAUGCAGGAAAUUACUGUAUUAAUACGAUAACAACGUCAAUGAUUUACCAUACACAAAGACAGCAAUGUCCUAAUAACUCAAAAUAGCUGCGUUUAAGUAUUUUGACCCUGCUUGUUUAUUUUAAUCGGAGUAAAGAUGGCAGCUAUUUGAAAGUACGAUGAGGUUAGCUUGAUACGGUUAGCAUGGCUGCUGUAAAUGUGGUCAGUUUGCUUAAAGUAACUGAACUAUUUUCAGAAAUUACAAAAACAAUGAAUAAUUUAUCUGGUGUGUAAUUUCUGGCGUUCAUAAAGUUUGCCAACGUGGAAAAAUAGGAAGAAGUACAAAUGUGACGCUGUAAGUUACGAGGGUUCCUGAAGGCAACCAAAGAGGCUGGAACUUUGCGUAAUUGUCCUCCAUUGCUCCGGUUACAGCGCGGUGUUGGAGAGCGUAAUAUCGGCGCUUUAAUCAAACAAAGUCACUCUGGUUUUUCUCCGUUUUCCUGGCCAAAUUAAACGCUACCAUGGCCGGCAGUUGGUGGAGCAGUGCCGCGGUGACCCACGUCCUGAUGGCUCUGUUCGCCAUGGGCUCCUGGAUUCCCGUCAACAGCCUCUGGGUGGAACUCCCGGUGGUUGUCAACGUGCUUCCCGAAGCGUGGAACCUCCCUGCGUACCUGUCGGUGCUCAUAGCGUUCGGGAACCUGGGUCCGAUCGCGGUGACGGUGACGCAUCACUGUGCUCCAGGACGCUUGAACGAGCGCGUGCUCAUCCACUGCAUCCAGGCGCUGGCGGUGGUGGCGUCGGCGUGUCUCGCCAUCUCCUGGUCACACACUGUUCGGAUAGCUGGAGAGGAGAGGUCGCUUCCCUUCCUCCUCCUCACCUUUGUGUUGUCUUUUGUUUGUUGUACGUCCAGCGUCACCUUCCUGCCUUUCAUGUUCCGCUACCCGCCGCAGUACAUCCGCACCUUCUUCAUCGGGCAGGGCUUCAGCGCCUUGUUCCCCUGCAUGGUGGCGUUGGGGCAGGGCGUCAACACGCUGGAGUGUAAAACGGUGAACGGCACGUCAAAGCCGGAGUAUUUAAAGGAGAACUUUCCUGCCCAGAACUUCUUCUGGUUCUUGUGUGUGAUGCUGACGGUGUCGGCUCUGAGUUUCCUGGCAUUGACGCAAAGACCGGCGGCGUCGCAGCAGCAGGAUCCUCCGCAGGAGUCCGACGACGCCACGGCGACCAAGAACGAAGAAGAAACUCUCCGACUGUACAACGGAGGGACGCCGGUGUCCGAGGAGCAGGUGCGGGUGGAGGAAAAGCCACCGGUGUUUUGGACGUCACGGAACAUUUACCUGCUGGUGCUGCUCGCCACCUCCAACGCCCUCACCAACGGAGUCCUGCCAUCCGUGCAGAGCUUCGCCUGCCUGCCGUACGGCAGCAUGACCUUCCACCUCUCCGUGGUCCUCGGCAACAUCGCCAACCCCCUGGCUUGUUUUCUGGCCAUGUUUGUCAUCCUCAGGGCCUCUGCAGGUCUGGGCUUCCUGUCUUUGGCUGCAGGUGUGUUUGCUGCGUAUCUCUUGGCGUUGGCGGCGCUCAGUCCCUGUCCACCGCUGCUGGGAAGCCACGCUGGCAUGGCUUUAGUGGUCGUCUCCUGGAUCUUCUUCACCGGGCUUUUCUCCUACCUGAAGGUGGUGAUCGGGACUUUGCUUCACGAGGCCGGCCAUGCCGCCUUGCUGUGGUGCGGCAUCUCCAUCCAGGCCGGCUCUCUCAUCGGAGCCCUCGCCAUGUUCCCUCUGGUGAACGUCUACGACGUGUUCACCAGAUCCCAGGACUGCGUGGAUAACUGCAGCUAGCAGAAGUAACUCACUUUCCUUCCUCGUGGGAAAUCUGCAGCUUCUCUGAAGAGUGCCGGAGUCUCACUGGACCACUUUUCUAAAGGAUGGUCUCACCGAUGAGAAAGGCCUCUGAGCCUGUGAAUAUUUAAACAUUCCCAGACAACGGGCGCAUGGCCGCCCUGCUCUUUGUAUACAACAGGUACACGUAAGUGCUUUACAUGUUUACAGGAACAAAUAUCUGAUGAUGCAGUUUCCUUUACUUUUUUGGAUCAGGGACACAAAACGCCAAGUAUUUCUUCACAAGUUGCUUCUGGAUCCGUUUAAUGGGAAAGCGACCGCAGAGCUGAGGGUGUAAAGUGCACAAAAGCAGCAGCAUUCCUGGAUUUCAGCCUUCAGCUGUGAACUUUAUGAUGAAUUUCACACUUUUUAGUUUCAUUCUGACCAUUUUGUGGGAUUUUUAUUCACUUAAAAUACACAUGAAUGUUUUUUCCUUCAGGGAGCAGCGUAUCCUUCAGCUGUGAUGCUGUCGCUGGUCACAUUUGGAGUCUGAGGGCUUUUCUGGUUAUCACAAAGGCUUUUCUUUGACAUCUUUAUUAGUCGACCUGUAGUUGAACUGUUCCAGAUACAGUCACAAAACUUUAUGAGUGUGUCGCUAAUAUCAAGCCGAAGAGAUGGGUGUGGUGUGAGGACUUGAAGAGGUCAUUGAUCAAGGUGGAGCUGAGAUAGGGACAUAAGUUUUGUAACUUGUAUUUCCAGACCAGCCCCACCCCCGCCAAAAAGCUCUAGGGUAUUCAUCGAAACCUCCUACUUUUGGGGCAUUUAUUCUCCCUCUGGAACUUUUUAAGUCCCUGGUUCCUUCAGUUAAAUCAAAGGGGACCAAAGAAAGAAGCAGAAAGGUUCUACUUUAGAUAUUUAUUGGUGAUUUCACUCUGUUAGGAAGCUUCUUCUGGUCUGACAGCUGGAUUUUCAUACAGUAACCUCUCUGUAAACCUUUAACUCAUGCAGCGUCUCAGCGUUUAGUUCCUGCUGCUGUUUAUGUGGCUUAGAUCAGGUUUUGAGUUGAGGUGAAUUUCUACCUCCACCGACCAAAAAUUACCCAGAGCGUCUGUCCACAGGGACUUUUUCCCCCCAAAGACUUCCCUCAGAUUGCAGAUUUCAGCAUUUCCUUUCCAGGCUUAGAAGCACCAUGUAGACGAGUCUCUGCUGACGGGAGCAGGUCUGAAUCGGAAAUCUUUCACAUCUUUAAAGAUGAGAUAUCUGCCCCUGAAAUCUGUCCGCCUCACCACAACCGUGUAGUUCCUGGUCCAUGUGGUGGAAAUACAGGGGUCAGAUAAGAGCUGAGAACUGGAGCUACAUUCGUACGAAGAGG